GAUGAAAGCAAUUACAAGAAAGACGAUAAUAUUAUAUCUGGAAAGAUUAGUAGCAAUAGUGAUGAUAAUGAUGAGGAUAGUGAAAAUAGAGAUAGCAGCGAAGUGAUAGUCAAGCCUAUUAAAACAUAUAAUACUCCUUAA